AUGCACUUCGCUACCGUUCUCACCGUAAGCGCCCUCGGUGUCCUCAUCACGGCUGCACCCUCGGCAAUCCAGCCCCGUCAAGCAGUCAACACGGUUUAUCUCGGCUUAUACAGCAAUUCCAGCUGCGCCGGUACCACAGGAGGUGAUGUGGACCACAUUCACCUUACUGGAAGCGGCUAUCACAACUGCUUCGCCACCACCGUCAAGCAGUCCGUUGCCGUCUCCCAAAGUCUAAGCGGGACAUGCAUCAUCCAGGCCUGGUCUGAGACUGAUUGUAGCGGUUCGAGUACGGUUGUGUCCAACAACGGCUGCCAUGAUACUACGUAUGCGAGUAUCUCCGUGUCUUGCUGA